CAGUAAGGAAGUCAGACGGUCAUCGGUCGAAAUCAUGGAACUCCUGACGCUGACCUUUGCCAUCUCGGCAGCGAUGACGCUGCUGACGGUCCUCCUCAGUGGGUGGGACGUAUGGACACACUUGCUGUACAACCCUCAGGCCGGCAUCCGCAAGUACGUGAUUCGCAUGUUGCUCAUGGUGCCGCUGUACGCCGUCACGUCGUACCUGGCGCUCACGAUCCCCGAGCAAAAGCUGUACUUUGAAACGAUCCGCGAUUUCUACGAAGGGUUUGCGUUGCACUCGUUCUACUACUUCAUGAUCGACUUUCUCGGCGGCCAAGAAGUGUUGGCGCAGAAGUUGCGCAGUAAGAAGCACGAAGCGCACCACAUGAUGGGGUUCCAGUGGUGCAUGGAAACGUGGAAGAUGGGACCAGUGUUUGUCCGCAACAACUCGAUCGGGAUCCUCCAGUAUAUCCCGUGCAAGAUCUUCAUCACGGUCAUGACGUUCGUCAGCUCCAUCUUUGGGUUCUACGGCGAAGGCAUCUACACUGACCCGACCAAGAUGUACCCGUGGCUGACACUGCUUCUCACAGUGUCCCAGACAUGGGCAUUGUACUGCCUCGUGUUGUUCUACCACGGAUGCUCGGACGAGCUACGUCCCAUGCGUCCUUUGCCCAAGUUUCUCGCGGUCAAGAUGAUCAUUUUCUUUACGUUUUGGCAGAGUCUGGUCAUCGGGUGGCUCGCGCGUUUCGGUGUGAUCAGCGAGAACUGGCAUAUUCGAUGCACGGACGUGCAUUGCACAGACGCGUCGAACCCCGCCUCAUGCGCGUACCACGGGUGCUGGGAAGCGGAGGAGCUGUCGCCAGCGGUCAACGACUUUACCAUCUGCCUCGAGAUGCUCGCGUUUUCGGUCGUGCAUCACUACGCGUUCAAGAUUGACGACUUUUUGCGCAUGGAGCGCGAAAAGAACACGGACGUGACCAACCAAGUGAAGGGGCCCCUCAUGAACAACUUCAUCGACGUGUUGGCGUUUACAGAUAUCCACCAAGACAUCAAGUUCAGCGAGCAAGAGUUACUCACCGAGAAGCAACGCCUCGCGCAGCGAUUUGACGACGACGUCGUGCUCAAGAAGAAGGAAGCGGCGGAGCGGAAGCGGCUGUUGGCCAAGGGACCGACGGCUACGAGCUCUGGGUGGAGUUUUUUCAACCGGUCGACGCCAGCAACUACCGCAGCAACGUCGCACACGGCGGUCGAGCUGAGCGUUGGACGAAGCGGCGCGCCGUCGUUGCAACCGCUCCAAGGCGGCGGCGGCGGCCCCAACCACACUGGUGGAGGGGGAGGGGGGGGGAAUCAUACUGUCAACCAACGCCGAAACAAUGCCACGAUCAACAACUACUCCAACCAACCGACUAAAGUGGACUUGUCGCUGCAGUACGAAGCCGCGGUGCUCUUGCAGCGACAGAAUUCUGACUAAGUCGACGAGAUCUGUAGCUAAACAAAUAGGACUACUUGUAUGUUUUAAAAGGGAGAGGGGGAUGUGUGUGU